AUGCUACGGUCCCGGCUGCCCAGUGUCUCAGUUGGAGGAGAGUAUGGGAAAGGACUUUUCGGCAGGGAAAUGGGACCUUUACAAGACCAGCUUUGCCAUGGAGAAUACGACUUACUCAAGUUUGCUCCCAUGUUGGAAAGUGACUUUGUACAGGUUAGUAAGAGAGGAGAAGUGAUUGACGUGCACAAUCAAAUUCAGACUGUGACUGUUGCAGUAGCCUGCACAAGCCCCAGUCUGCUGGUCCCCAAUGUGUUACUUCUGGCUCGUUCCAUCUUUCCCCCUGAGGAGCCUCUAACAAAGCUUAAAUCCUUCUUUCAUCCACGCCGCCCAGCUAAGAGAUAUGAGCUCACCAGGCUUUUUCCUCUGUGUCUAGUUAGGAUCUCAAUCCACAAUCCAGAGAAGAAGCAGCUACGAUUCAAGCUGGCAAGUGGCCGUACCUUUUACCUGCAGCUCUGUCCCCAGCCUAGCACCCAGGAAGAUAUC